CAAAGAUCAAAGGUGGAACUUUGGUGCAAGCAAGCAACGUGAUAAUUAAAAAUAAACUAUUCGAGGUCCUGGAUAUUACUGUUACUAAGCACGUAGUACUAAUUCAGAAAUUCAGUGUUAUUUAUUAUAAAGGAGUUAAGCAAAGAUGUUGAAAGUUUUCAACAUAUGGGUGGUUUAAUUUAAUAAUAGUGGAUCGAUGUAUGCAUGAGAUCACUGAUCGUUUCUAGGCACUGUCCAAAGUUCUAAAAUAGAGCAUUUUCUUAUUGGUUGGUCCCGAAUAAACUUGAGGUGCAUCUUGUAUAUGUCACUUGUCAAUACAUUUAGAAACCUAAAAUGUCUGAGGAUGAUUUAUCUGACUGUUUGGAAGAACCCAACAUGGAAAUCCAAAUCAAAACUCUCAUGGGAACUACAUUUGAUAUAAAAGUUUCUGCAAUGGAUACAGUCGCUGAUAUCAAGAAAAAAAUUUAUCGAAUUGAGGGCAUACCGCCAUUUCAACAAAAUUUAAUAUUUCAAUCUCUUAUCUUGAGAGAUUUCAGCCGGUUGCUAGAUGCUGGCAUCACAAACGGUUCAACUCUAACCCUUGUACCUUCAAUGAAAGGAGGACCGAUAUCCACUAGACGGCUAUCGGUGACCUGUGAGCGUCAUGUGAUGCUUAAAGAGCUGCGGGAACUUCUAGAAAAUAAUAGCGAGGAGAUUACUCCUGGCUCCAAGGUGUCUGUGCUAAUCUUCAAAGAUGGGGUGGUGAUAAAUUUAUUGAGCGUAAUUGAACAUGAAGAUGGUUCCCACGCACCUCACAGCGAGAAGCCGAUAUCUCCCCCUUCCAAACCCUCUCGGAGAGGAUCUCGCAUGGAAAUAUUCGAGCGUUUCGUAGAAGAUAACGAAAUGUCCAUGAAAAUAUCUAACCUUCGCAAAAAAAUGGAUGAAACCAAUUCCCGCAAACAAGGCAAUAACUCCAAGGAAGUGACUGACUCUCCGUCUAACUUGGAAGCUAGUAGCUCUUGUGCGGGUAAGAAUAACCUGUCUUUUAAAUUUUUGGCACCGGACGGAGUUGAUGUGAAGGUUUUUGAGAGGAAUUCUGAGGAGGAUGAAGAGGAAGUCGCGCUCAAAGACAAACAUAGGUCAAAGCAUCACCAAAUCACAUCUCUCUUCAGAGAAUCGAAAGGCGCUUGCAGUAACAUCAAACAAAAGUAUGCCAGAAUCAAUAAAAAGCUUCAGGAAUCCCAACUGAGCGAAGAACUAUCGUCUGAAUCGGAACUCUCUGCGACAUUUGGCGUUUUCAAUGAAGACGCCUGCAGUCAACCUCGUCCGAUGCAACCUGCGAAUAGGAUCCAUUUGACCAGGUUGGUGCUUUCUGACGGUCCGGAAAGCCCCAAAUCGUCGUCUGAUAGCAUAGAGCUAGAAGAGGAUGUGUGGGAGAUCCACGAACCUGUCGCAGAACGACUCAAACAUAGCACCACGUGCAAGGUGGGCGUUCUGAAUCGCAGACAGAGCUUGGAUUACUCGUACGGCAGUAUAAAGAAUGACCCCAAAGGAGAAAUCGGUAACUAUCCAUGCGAGAACUCUGAUUUUGGGGUAUGUUCCAGCAAUUUGUACCGUAUACCUCAGUUCGUGUCAUCCCCUGAUGCGUUGCAGCCGCACCACACCCAAACCGAGCCCAGUUUUCAUGAUUACUAUUUUACGAAAACGGAUCGCUCCCCGCUUUACAGCAGGAGCGAAAGCAACGGCCUAUCUGCCGUCAAUCCCAAAAGAGAUGAACUGACCAAGGAGAAAUUUGCCGUACUGGACGAUUGCUCCGGUAUCGAGAGACUCCAAAACGAGAGCUCAGAGUGCGAUAAGUUUUUCUCCCAGAGCAUCGACGAUUUGCGACCUUACAAUCCGUCCGAUCUGCUCGGGGAGAAGAUUCUAGAUCUGCCGAAGAAGAAUGAAAAGAAAUUAGAAUUGCCGCCUGUGAUAAAAAAGAAAGCUAGAUGUAACGAAUGUAAUAGAAAACUGAAUAUAACGAAUAUACACAAUUGUAGGUGUGGAAAAAUUUUCUGCUCGCAGCAUAGGUAUUCAGAGGUUCACCGAUGCAGCUACGACUAUAAGCUUGAAGGACGCAAGCUGUUGGAACAGCAGAAUCCGAAAGUCACCGCUGAAAAAAUUAAUAAAAUAUAACGCAUAUAAUAUAUAUCUAUUUCCCCUCUUUCAACUAAAACCCUGUAUUGUCGAUAAAAUAUAAUGUUUACAAUG